AUGCCUAGCACCAUUUCCUGGCAGCAACUCCUGCGGCGGCCCUGCCUCUUUGUCGAUGAGUCCGAGGUUCGUUGCCUGUCGUACUAUCACCGCGUGGUCGCGCCGUCCCUUGCACGAUCGCCCGACGACACGUUUUGGGCCGUCCACGUCCCUCAGGUCCUCGACCGAGAGCCCGCGGCGCGGCAUGCCGUCCUCGCCAUCGGCGCUCUGCAUGAGGGUUUUGACGCGACGCUCCUCAAAAGAGCAUCGGGUGUCUUGGAUGGCCUCACCGGCCUCACCGGCCGCUCGGAUAUGAGCGCCGACGUGUCAGCGGCGUGUGCGUUCGCCCUGCAGCACUACAACAGCGCCAUCAGAAUCGUUCUCGAGGAUCGUAUAUCUAGUGAGGAGGCCCUUUUGACUGUCUCUCUGCUGUUUACGUGCAUCGAGCUGCUUCAGGGCAGCACCGAUGCCGCCGCCACACACUGCCAACACGGCCUCGGUCUGUACGCCAACGACCAACUGCCUGCGCAGCUCUCGGCCGUCUUUGGCCAUAUCAGCAUAUUCCGCCGGUUAUUCAAUCCCUUGAACUUGACAGACUCUGUUUCCCCGCAAGCCGACCCUUGCCCAACACCAGUAGGCGAAAUGUGCACAGUGGCAGAAGCGCGCCAAGCCUUGGAUGCAGUCAUGGCUCGAGGGGCAAGGCUUGUUCGGCUGGCGCCGGGCAACUGGGAUGGGGAUGAUUCGUAUUCUAUACAGGAUGCGAGGACGGAGCAGUUUCACGUGUGCCGUGCCCUGAGCCUCUGGUGGCAAGGCUUUGUCGCUCUGAGACGCCGGCUCUCAUCGACGUCUUCCGUGCUCGAGUCGGACGCCGCGGAGUUACGCCUCCUCGAGACGCGAUGGCUUGCCUCCGACGUAUUAGCGAGAUCCUGUCUCGCUGGCAAUGAGGCCCUUCUCGACGAAUACUUGGACCAUUUCCGACGCAUCGUCGAGCUGGCAGAGCAAGAAAGGGCCGCGCGAAGCGCAUCUGGGAUGCGCCCGCCGAGUUUCUCAUUCGACAUGGGCUAUCUGCCUUUUCUUUACAUCGUCAGCCUCCGAUGCCGGCAGCUCCGACUUCGAAUCCGCGCGCUGGUUCUUCUCAAAGCUCUUUCGUGCUCCAGGGAGACUAUUUGGGACGCGUGCAUUGCCUACGCGACUGCGAAACGAGUGGUUGAGUUCGAGCACGGCCUGUCGCUCGACGAGGAGCGCAUGAGGAGCGCGAGCAAUCCGUACCCGGACAAGCAUCUCCCCUACGACGCACAACGCAUUGUGAGGUUUGACCUCGCCGACGAAGCAAGUUUGGAAGCGGACUCUGAGGGCCGCGCUCUUGUUCGUCGGCGCAUCUGCUUCCAUUCAUCGGGUCCGGACGGGGUCGUUGUUGGACCCUCGUGGGAGUACACGACGAUGAGGCUCUAG